AUGCCCGGUUAUUCUCCUCCUGUCAGCAUGCUUCCGUCAGCUCUCCAGACGCGGGUUGAUGCAGUCGAGGAUCCGGUUGUGAAGCAGCUAAUCAAAGAUAUAGUCGCGUUUUACGACACCGAGACGCCUGAAGCCAAUGCACAGGACAUUAUAAAGGACGCCGAGGUCUACCGAGGACUGGGUAUGAUCCUUCCCGAACGGCGUCGAGCAGAUAUAGCGAUCAAACAGGACCGACUGGUCGUGAUUGUGAAAGACAAAGUAAUUGCUCAGGGCGACUGGGAAAUGUAUGACCUAGUUGCCUGCCUGCCCGUUCCAGAUCGACCGAAACCUACGUGGAAUGUCGUUAUCGCCAACAGCACGGGGAAAGACCCCGCCAGCAGUAUAGUGCUUACGCUCACGGACGUUGCUGCAGACAAGUUUAUUGAGAAUGCCAAGCCUGUUUCCAUUCGUCAAGCAUUGCUGGACAGCUUGAGACCGUACGUGAAGGAGGUCUACGACGAGCCGGUGCUUCACGUUACCGUACAUCAGGGAUCGCGGGAAGGCGUUUUAUCGUUUUUGCAUCGCUACAUUAUAUUUGGCUACCGCAAGCCUCUAACUAUUUUGCCAUUGUCUCAAAUCUCCAACCUGUCCUACACUGUUGUGACUCGAUUAACCUUCAACAUUGUAGUCGUCUUGACCUCUGGCGAGAAGCACGAGUUUUCAAUGAUUUCCCAUGAUUCCUAUGAAGCAAUCAACCAGUGGGUAACCGACAGGUACCUUGAGGACUUGUCGCUGGCUGAGGAACGUCGCGCCAAGAAGCAAAGAGCCGGCCCAAGCGAACUUGAAGCAGCCGCGGAGGAAGCCAGUCAAUUGCCAGAAGCCGAGGACGACAGUGACGAAGAAGAGGCGGAGUUCAGUGAGGAGAGCGACAGCGAGAGCGGCGGGGAAGAAGAAGAAGAAAGCGACAACGCCGGUAGCGAGGCAGAAGAAAGUGAUAGUUAG